GCGGCACCGCGCCGCGCGGCGUCCAGGCGGCAUGGAGAAGGACGGCCUGAGCCGUGCGGACCAGCAGUACGAGUGCGUGGCGGAGAUCGGGGAGGGGGCCUAUGGGAAGGUGUUCAAGGCCCGCGACCUGAAGAACGGAGGCCGUUUCGUGGCGCUGAAGCGCGUGCGGGUGCAGACGGGCGAAGAGGGCAUGCCGCUCUCCACCAUCCGCGAGGUGGCGGUGCUGAGGCACCUGGAGACCUUCGAGCACCCCAACGUCGUCAGGUUAUUUGAUGUGUGCACGGUGUCACGAACAGACAGAGAAACUAAGCUAACAUUAGUGUUUGAACAUGUUGAUCAAGACUUGACCACUUAUUUGAAUAAAGUUCCAGAGCCUGGAGUGCCCACUGAAACCAUAAAGGACAUGAUGUUUCAGCUUCUCCGAGGUCUGGACUUUCUUCAUUCUCACCGAGUGGUGCAUCGUGAUCUAAAACCACAGAACAUUCUGGUGACCAGCAGUGGACAAAUAAAACUGGCUGACUUCGGCCUUGCCCGCAUCUACAGUUUUCAGAUGGCUCUUACCUCAGUGGUCGUCACACUGUGGUACCGAGCUCCCGAAGUCCUACUGCAGUCCAGCUACGCCACCCCCGUGGACCUCUGGAGUGUCGGCUGCAUAUUUGCAGAAAUGUUUCGUAGAAAGCCUCUUUUUCGUGGAAGUUCAGAUGUGGAUCAACUAGGAAAGAUCUUGGACGUAAUUGGACUCCCAGGAGAAGAAGACUGGCCUAGAGAUGUUGCCCUUCCCAGGCAGGCUUUUCACUCAAAAACUCCCCAACCUAUUGAGAAUUUUGUAACAGAUAUUGAUGAACAAGGCAAAGACCUACUUCUGAAGUGCUUGACAUUUAAUCCAGCCAAAAGAAUAUCUGCCUACGGCGCCCUGUCUCACCCAUACUUCCAUGACCUGGAAAGGCGCAAGGAGAACCUGGAUUCCCACCUGCCUCCCAGCCAGAACAGCUCAGAGAUGAAUACAGCCUGAGCUCCCAGCCGCUGCCUUGAGCGGAUCCCCUGGAGAACACCGUUGGUGGCUGAUGGGUCCCCCUGAGUAAGCCCUGCAGAGCUGUUGAAGAUCACUGGCUGGAGACCUUCUAGCUGCCGUCUUCUGGACAGGCUCUGCUUCUCCAAGGAAACGGCCUAGUUUACUGUUUGAAAUCAAUGCAAGAGUGAUUGCAGCUUUAUGUUCAUGCAUUGUGUGUUUGUCUGUCUGUCUGUUUCAAAAACCUGGAAAAAUUCCAGAAGAGAAGCUGCUGACCAAUCAUGCUGCCAUUUCAUUUUUCUAACCUUGAAUGCUGCCAGUGUAAAGUGAGCAAUCCAGGCACAGCUGAUUCUGAUGUAAUCUCAGCAGCUGCCGAGCCUGAUUUGGUACUUUGGAGUGAGCAUGUGCGAGUGAAUGUGUGUGUGAUUCUUGAUCUCUUAAAGUGUUACUUUCUGUAAACGACGAGAAUCAUUGAAUUUUAGAUACUCAAGGUGACCCAUCAAUAACAGGCAUCUGUUGACUGAAGGUUUUUUACCCACCAGAACAGGCUCCCCAAGUUAGAGAGUUGAGCCUAUAUCCUCAGAGUUUCUCUUCUGGUCAAAAAUAGUAAAUUUGUCAAUAGUAAAAGGUUCAUUGUCUAGAUGAAGUUUUAUACACAUAACAAAAGGGGGGAAAAACUCUAGUAUCUUUUAAGAAACCUAUUUUUUAAAGCACACAUUCCAUUUACUCUGCAAAAAGCUGAAUUGACUCAUUCUGAGUCCGUUUUAACCUGUAUAAUAUGCUUUAUUGUUUCUUUUGAAAAAAUAUCCUAUAAGCUCUUUCUUACUUGGUAUAGACUUAGGCAAUGUACCUCAAAUAGGUAAAAUUGUCCAAAAACGAAUAGAGAAAACCUUUAUUUCCUGGUUUAAAAUGUAUUUCCUUUUCGUCGUCGUUGUUUUGUUUUUGAUUUUAGGCGUUGGUCGGAAACUGUUCCCUGGUUUGGUUUGGAGAGCAGUUCUCUGACUAGAGACAGGAAUGCCAUUUAAGUUUUCCCCACCUAGGACACUGUACUUUUUCUACAAUGCACUGCCUUGUUUUCGAAGUAUCCACCUUAUCUAUCCCCCAGCGCUUCUAUAUAUAUUACCGCCAUUACAUAACCAGUAACAGGUUGCUUAAGCUGUGUGCGUGCUCUUUCUUCUUUCUCCCUUCCUUCCUUUCUUCAGUGACCUUUCGGAAAGAGCCGGAGCGUGGCUGGUGGCUGCAGUUCCACGGCCCUAGCGGGUCCCCUGGCUCUGGCUCUAACGCGCUCUCCCUACCUGGCAUUCAAGACGGGCUAUUCUCUCACCAGCUAUAGAUGGCUUGAAACUGUUACUUAGUGUUUUAUGUUUUUACGGGAUACACCGUCCGUGUAGCAUCUGGAAGAAUCUCUUUGUUUUUUAGAGAGAAAUAUUUACUCUAUAAAACACCUUUGGCUCCACCCCCCGGGCUGUGCUCGUUUCCAGAGCCUCGCGCACGCUCCCGCUGUCCGCAGAGCCGGCCUGACUCGGGCAUUGAGAACAGCUUCACUCUUCCUCUUGCCUUUCUCUCUGUAGUACUUUAUAUUUCGGACCGUCACUGCCUUAUUUGUGGUGAGUGCUCCUCUGGCUCUGAUACCCAAAAGACCCAGAUUAGGGGAAUUUUAGCUACCUUUGCUUUCUGACUCAUGUUUUGAGUUCAUGUGACAGUCAGGCCACAUUUAGGGUUAGAGUUUUCAAAGAAGGGACAUCGCUUCACUGAGUAGGAAAUGUUCCAAGGGAUGUUUGUGCAUAGUCAAGCCUUACUGAAUGCCUCACAGCUUAAUAUUGUAUGUGACUGUCUUGAACAAGAGAUAAAUUAGGAGAGUUUUCUCCUUGAGAGCUUUUUGGAUCAGGAACCAUUCUUUUUUAAUACAUAUAUUGUUUAACAUUGUUCUGAUUCGGUCACUUGAAGAGCAGGAACAUUUUUCUAAAGCAAGAUGCGGAUGAAAAGAUGGGCCAUAAGAAUGUUUAACACUUUCUUCAUUGUGACAGCAUUAUGCUUUGUCAUAACUAUAAAUGCUUGAGAUAUAUUGAAUCCAGAGCAGUUAGGGCAAGAUGUGCUAGCAGUCUCCCCUGGAAACCUGAGUUCUGUGUUUCCUCUGAUAGGGAACAAAACACAAAGACAUUUUUGCUGGGGCCUAGAAAUUGAAUUUUAAAACUCACUGCACUGGUUGAUCAUGAGCUUUUCUGUUAGUACCCAUGGUUGAAGUGACCAUAGCUUGAGUUUUUGCUUUUGCAAAAUUUUCAUAAGUUUGCUCGAGAAAAAUGCAGCAGUUCUAAACUGGAAUUCUUUCAGCAUUCUUUAGAAUUUUAAACAGAUGAGAGCUCAACUUUUAUUUGGGUUCAUUUCUCAGCAGUGUUUAUAAAGAAAACUUAAAGUACAAACAUUAUGGUAUUAGAUCCUUGGUAAAUUAUCCUCUGAGAAGCCGAAUGAGAGGGCAUCCCAGCCUCUCUGAACUUGUUAAGGGUCUGUCCCCAGCUCUUCCACGGUUGUGGUUGUGACAAUUGAGUGAUUACUUUCUUGUUUUCUGUCCUUUACAUCAGGCUCACGGCUUCUGGCUUCUGAAAUCCAGAUCCCACACCAGCACACCUGCCCUCAGGGCUCUUAGAAGCAUAUAGCAGAAUGCAAACUUACUGACUACAGCUAUCCUUCUGUGACACAUGUUUUCAAACAUCUUUGCCCAAAGCUAGCCCGUGAUCAGCUGAAAAGGUCACACUGCCCCAGAGUUAUACUGAAGCAGCUUAUAGCAGUAAAAAUAUGGCAAGAGAUUUGAAAUUGCAUUUGAAUUUCUAGUACUUGUCCAAAAAUGUGCACGACAGUUUCUAUAUCAUACUCCAUCCUGCUGGCCCAGGCAUUGUGGGAACUGUUGUGCAGGGUGGAAUUGUAAAAACAUACAUUUAAGAAGAGUAAAGGAAAAACCUGCCCCUUUAAUCAUCAUAGCUAUUAGGUGGCAAAGGGUAAUAAAGACCUAACCUUAUAACCUUAAAAACACAAUUUCUAAGAGCUUGUAAGAAUCCAGUGCAUUGGAGCCUCCCCUGUGUCUCCCCUUUGAAGUGGAUGGGAACUCAAGGAGCAAAAGAACCAGUUUUGGAAGAAAGCUCUGGGCCAUUUCAGCCCCCUGUAUUCUCACGAUUUUCUCUCAGGAAACACACACUGUGAACGGCAGACUUCAUUUAGCCCCAGGUGACCUACUAAAAAUAGUGCAGAAUGUUCACCUAAGAAUAGAAUCUCAACCUUUUAGUUUUAAGUAAAAAUGAAGAUUUCAGAGUGCACUGGAUGUUAAUAUUUUAAAGAAAACGUAUACCUUUUAAUCGAGAAAUUUAUAGUUUGACUCCAGGAUGUGGUACUAUCCAUAAUGAUGAGGAAAAACUUAAAUUGUACCAAACAUUUUGAAUCUUAAAUUCUGUAUUUUAAAUGAUCUUUUAGCUAACUAUAGCUGCUUCUCUUAAAAGUCGUGCCUGUAAAAGUCAGUAACAGCAGUUCUCAUUCCAUUAUGGAAA